UCAGUUCCUGGAGAAAGAUGGCGACAGCCGAGAAGCAGAAACACGACGGGCGGGUGAAGAUCGGCCACUAUAUCCUGGGGGACACGCUGGGGGUCGGCACCUUCGGCAAAGUGAAGGUUGGCAAACAUGAGUUGACUGGGCAUAAAGUUGCUGUGAAGAUACUUAAUCGGCAGAAGAUUCGGAGUCUUGAUGUGGUAGGAAAAAUCCGCAGAGAGAUUCAGAACCUCAAGCUUUUCAGGCAUCCUCAUAUAAUUAAACUGUACCAGGUCAUCAGUACACCAUCUGAUAUUUUCAUGGUGAUGGAAUAUGUCUCAGGAGGAGAGCUAUUUGAUUAUAUCUGUAAAAAUGGAAGGCUGGACGAAAAGGAAAGUCGACGUCUGUUCCAGCAGAUCCUUUCUGGUGUGGAUUAUUGUCACAGACAUAUGGUGGUCCAUAGAGAUUUGAAACCUGAAAAUGUCCUGCUUGAUGCACACAUGAAUGCAAAGAUAGCUGAUUUUGGUCUUUCAAACAUGAUGUCAGAUGGUGAAUUUUUAAGAACAAGUUGUGGCUCACCCAACUAUGCUGCACCGGAAGUCAUUUCUGGAAGAUUGUAUGCAGGCCCAGAGGUUGACAUAUGGAGCAGUGGGGUUAUUCUGUAUGCUUUAUUAUGUGGAACCCUCCCAUUUGAUGAUGAUCAUGUGCCAACUCUUUUUAAGAAGAUAUGUGAUGGGAUCUUUUAUACCCCUCAGUACUUAAAUCCUUCUGUGAUUAGCCUUUUAAAACAUAUGCUGCAGGUGGAUCCCAUGAAGAGGGCCACAAUCAAAGAUAUCAGGGAACAUGAAUGGUUUAAACAGGACCUUCCAAAAUAUCUUUUUCCUGAGGACCCAUCAUACAGUUCAACCAUGAUUGAUGACGAAGCCUUAAAAGAAGUAUGUGAAAAAUUUGAAUGCUCUGAAGAGGAAGUUCUUAGCUGCCUUUAUAACAGAAAUCACCAGGACCCUCUAGCAGUUGCCUACCAUCUCAUAAUAGAUAACAGGAGAAUAAUGAAUGAAGCAAAAGAUUUUUAUUUGGCGACAAGCCCACCUGAUUCUUUUCUCGACGAUCACAGUUUGACUCGGCCCCAUCCUGAAAGAGUACCAUUCUUGGUUGCUGAAACACCAAGGGCUCGCCAUACCCUUGAUGAAUUGAAUCCACAGAAAUCCAAACACCAAGGUGUAAGGAAAGCAAAAUGGCAUUUGGGAAUUAGAAGUCAAAGUCGACCAAAUGAUAUCAUGGCAGAAGUUUGCAGAGCAAUUAAACAGCUGGAUUAUGAAUGGAAGGUUGUAAACCCGUAUUAUCUGCGUGUUCGAAGGAAGAAUCCUGUGACAAGUACAUACUCCAAAAUGAGUCUACAGUUGUACCAAGUGGAUAGUAGAACAUACUUGCUGGAUUUCCGUAGUAUUGAUGAUGAAAUUACUGAAGCCAAAUCAGGAACUGCUACUCCACAGAGAUCGGGAUCAGUUAGCAACUAUCGAUCUUGCCAAAGGAAUGAUUCAGAUGCUGAGGCACAAGGAAAAUCCUCAGAAGUUUCUCUUACCUCAUCUGUGACCUCACUUGACUCUUCUCCUGUUGACUUAGCUCCAAGACCUGGAAGUCACACAAUAGAAUUUUUUGAGAUGUGUGCAAAUCUAAUUAAAAUUCUUGCACAGUAAACCUAAAACUCUGCUUAUUUCUUUGAUAGCAAUAAGCAUGCAUUAUAAAUCAUAGCCAAAUACUUCCAUUUAUAAUCAAGUCACAUACAAUUAUAGCCGAGGAUUGGCCUUUUGGUAUGCAGUUUGCACAGGAAUUGAAACAUGAUUAAUAGGUAAAAGCCUAAUGUGCAAAAAUGAAUUGAGAUAAUUUUGUUGUUCAUUGUUCUGUAGGCCUAUAGCAUAAUAUAAUAUACACAAUGAAUUGUUGGUCUCUCAGGCUCACUUGAUUUUUGGCUAUUUUAUAUUUAGUGUACACAGGGCUUUGUAGAAAUACUAAUUUACCAUAAAGGCCUUCACAUAUAUUACCUGUUGAUGUGUUAUGUUAUUUGCUUCAUAAAUUCAUUCAAUAAAUAUUUGCCUAGAACCCCUAGAACCUUUAGAGGUGAUUUUGUUUUCUGGGCUCCUUAACUUCCUAAAUAGCAAGUAUCUUCCACAAUGGUUACAGUCUGGGUGACUCUUCCAUUUCCCAUCCUUUAAUAUUCUCAGUAUAUAGUAAAUCACCUCAAAGGCAAAGGUAUUCAAUUCAAUUGAAGGUUUUCUUAAACUUGGUUAAAUCUAAAAAUAGCACUUACAUAUUCAGAUACUCUAGGCACUAAGUUUAAUCUUACAGUUUGUUCCACAAUAUUUUGUACAUAAAUCGCUCUUUGUCACAAGAGCUGAGUUGCAUAUAUUGUAAAUAAAUCAUGUUGUUUUUGCCAAUCUCACAAAUUCCUCUGUUCCUCAUGUCAGUAUUGAAUGUAUGCAAAAAUUUCUGGUCAUUUAAACUGUUUCAAUGGAUAAAAAGACCAUCUCUUGCAAACUGUUUAAAUGGUGAUGGGACUUUUUCUUCAAAGUUUUAUUAUGAAGGUUUUUAAAACAGAAAAGUUGAAAAGCUAGGAUGAUCACAUGUGUCUCUACCAUUAAGAUUCAAACCUCAUUAACAUUUGCCAUAUUUGCUUUAUAUAUUUAUACAGAUAUAGCUACACACACUAGUGUGUGUAUAUUUGCUGUUUACCCCAUGAAAUAUUAGAAUGUUACAGACAUACUCAUCACCAGUCAACACUUCCUAAAAACCUCCUAAACAUCUCCCAAAAA